UAUACCAUAGUUCACCUCCUUAAAGCUUCAAUCAUUGAUGUUCUUUCUCUCUCUACAAAGUGCCUUUCUCUUUCUCUCUCCUCCAACUUCCCCACUAUUCAUAUAUACUUAGCAGUGCAGAUCCCCUACAGAAGCCCAAUAAAAUCCCUUUCUUUGCUCGCAUAAGAUUUGGGUUUCUUCAAAGUUUCCUUUUUUUUCUCUCGCCCCCCCAAAAAAAGUAUAACUUUGUUUAAUUCUUUGAAGGAGGUUCAAGGAAGCAAAAGGUGUUCUGUUUUAAGUUUCUUUGAAAUGGUUUUCAUGUCUGAGAUAUUCAUGCCUGAAGAAGAAAAAAUUGAGGAAGGAGAGUGGGAGAAAGAGAGAUAAGAAGAAGAAGAGAAGAAUACCCAGCUAGCAGAAGUAGAGAAAAAGAUAAACAAUUGAUUUGAUUCAUUGUGAUCUGCUUCUGCUGGGUGGUUUGCAAUGUCUGCACCGAUGAUCAUUGACCCUAUGGUGAUAUCGGCACCAGAAACUCAAUCAGCAGCUAGCAUACUAGUUGCACAAAGUGAAGUUGAAUUUGCCGUGUGUGACUGUUGUGGGCUAACAGAAGAGUGCCCCCCAGCCUAUAUAGAAAGAAUCAGGGAGAGGUACUAUGGAAAAUGGGUUUGUGGGUUGUGUGCUGAGGCUGUUAAGGAUGAAAUUGUAAGGUCUGAGAGGCUUGUUAGCACAGAAGAAGCAAUGGCCAAGCAUAUGAACUUCUGCAAAAAGUUCAAGGCAUCAGGGCCUCCACCAAAUCCAACAGUGCACUUGAUAUCAGCCAUGAGACAGAUUCUAAGAAGGACUUUGGAUUCCCCUAGAGUAAGGUCCACACCAAGUAGUCCAACUAUGACUAACACAGAAAUUCAUGGUUCUGUUCUCACAAGGUCUGAGAGCUGCUUCUCUACCCUCUCUGGUUCAUGAAGGGUUAGGAUGACAUGGAAGGAGGAAGCAGAAAUAAGGACAGAAAAAUAUAAGCUGAAAAAUUAGAUGUUCAAUUGUAGUUUUGUCCAGUACAGAACUUUCAAUCUGUUUGUUAGAAAUUGGAACAUAAUUUGGUCAAGAAUUUUGCUUCACUGAUACCAGCUACCUUGUUUUCUAUUCCAUUUAAUCGUUUGAAAUAAAAAAAUUAUGUUCAUAAUUGAAGACAAAUAUUUCA